CAGACCCUAACAGCUCGACAGACACCGGACGACGGGAAUCCCUACGGCGAUGAGCCCUAGGCGGAGCGACAGGUCUCGGGCCCCCAGGUGGAGCGGCGGGCACCGGGCCCCCAGGCAGAGCGGCGGGCGCCGGACCCCCAGGCGGAGCGACAGGUCUCGGGCCCCCAGGCGGAGCGACAGGUCUCGGGCCCCCAGGCGGAGCGGCGGGCGCCGGACCCCCAGGCGCAGCGACAGGUCUCGGGCCCCCAGGUGGAGCGGCGGGCGCCGGACCCCCAGGCGGAGCGUCAGGUCUCGGGCCCCCAGGCGGAGCGGCGGGCGCCGGACCCCCAGGCGGAGCGACAGGCACCGGGUCACCAGGCACGACAGUGGGCUCCGAGUCAACUGGCAUGACCGCUGGCACUGGGUCAGACAAUGGAUCGUCUGGCUGGACAGCGGGCAUCGGGUCACCAGGCAUCAGGUCAUUUGGCUCGACAGCGGGCACCGCGUCAUCUGGCAAGGCAGUGGGCUCCGAGUCAACUGGCAUGACCGCGGGCACUGGGUCAGACAUUGGAUCGUCUGGCUGGACAGCGGG